AUGAGAUAAAACAUUCUUAUUGCCCUAUUUUUAGCUUUAUGUCUAAGUACUAUUCUUGGUUCUGGCGAAAAUCGCGAAAUAUUGAUUUCUUAAGGGCUUGUAGAUUUUACUGAAUCAGACCUUUUAGGCAUCUACUAAUCUUAUGGAUAUUAACCAGAUACUAAUAGUGAGAGAUAUUAGCUCUUUAAAAGCAGAUUAGCUAAAAUAAUAGAACAUAACUCUGAUCCUAAUAAAACCUACACUUAGGGUAUUAAUCAUCUAACUUUUUAAACAAGAGAAGAACUUUAAUAACUUAGAGGCUUUCAAAAUUGUACUGCACUUGCUAAAGAGAAUACUCGCUCUUUUAGGACUUACGAUAUGAAUGAUAUUCCAGAUUAUGUAGAUUGGAGAGAAAAAGGAGUUGUGACUGCUGUUAAAAAUUAAGGAGAGUGUGGUUCAUGUUGGGCAUUUGCAGCUGUUGGAGCAAUUGAGAGUCACUUUUCAUUGAAAACAGGAAAAUCUCCUAUUUAAUUAUCUGAAUAGCAACUAAUUGAUUGUGCUAGAUAAUUCGAUAAUCACGGAUGUGAUGGAGGCUUACCUUCUAAAGCUUUUGAAUACAUAGCUUAUGAAGGAGGAAUUGAAAAUUCAAAGGAUUAUCCUUAUACUGGUAAGAACAACAAAUGCUAAUUUGAUGGAGAAAAUAUAGUUACAAAAGUUAAAUAAUCUUUUAAUAUUACUUACUUAGAUGAAAAAGAAUUGAUUUAUCAUUUGGUCCAUAAAGGUCCAGUCACAUUAGCAUAUGAAGCUGCUGAUGAAUUUGAUAACUACUAAAGUGGUAUUUAUGAAGGUAAAAAUUGUGAAUAAGACCCUUAAAAAGUAAAUCAUGCAGUCUUAGCAGUAGGUUAUAAUAAAACUGGUGAUUACUACAUUGUAAAAAAUAGUUGGGGAGACAAAUGGGGAAUGAAUGGAUAUUUCUAUAUCAGGGCGAAUAAAAAUGCUUGUGGUUUAGCAAGUUGUGCCAGUUAUCCAAUCAUAGAGUGA